CAUCUCCUCCUCCUCCUCCUCCUCCUCCUCUCCGUAGCCUCCCCCGCCCUCCCGCCUCCCUUCUCCUGCUCCCCCCCCCACCCCCAUCGGCCUCCAAGAUAGAUUCCCUCAGGAGCAAGGUUGACCUGCUCAAGCUGCCCCUGGCGCUCUCCACCAAGUCCCUCUCCGAACGCAAGAGCCAGCUGGGAGGAGUCGGCGAGCAGCGCGGCCCGGGGGGAGGAGGAGGAGGAGGAGGAGGAGGAGGCGGCGCCCGCAAAGCCCGCUCACCGCCGACCCGAGACAUGGACAACGAGUCGCAGUACUCGGGCUACUCGUACAAGUCCUCCCACUCCCGGAGCUCCCGCAAGCACAGGGAUCGGAGGGAUCGUCAUCGCUCUAAGAGCCGCGACAGCAGCAGUCGUGCAGACAAGUCGGUGACCAUCCAGACGCCCGGGGAGCCGCUGCUCGACGCCGAGUCGACCCGCGGAGACGAAAGAGAUGAUAACUGGGGAGAGACCACCACGGUGGUCACCGGCACCUCGGAGCACAGCAUCUCCAACGAGGACCUGACGCGCGUCACCAAAGAUUUAGAGGAGUCGACGCCGCUCGAGUGCAAGCGCUUCGUCGGCCCGGCGCUGGGAGGCUGCCUGAGCUUCUUCGCCCUCGUCACGCCUCUAGCCUUCCUCAUCCUGCCGCAGGUCCUGUGGCGCGACGCCCUCGAGCCCUGCGGCACGCCGUGCGAGGGCCUCUACGUCUCGCUGGCCUUCAAGCUGCUGGUGCUGCUCAUCUCCUCCUGGGCGCUCUUCCUCCGCCCGCCGCGCGCCACCCUGCCGCGCUUCUUCGUCUUCCGCUGCCUGCUGAUGGUGCUGGUCUUCCUGUUCGUGGCGUCGUACUGGCUGUUCUACGGCGUGCGCGUGCUGGAGCCCAGGGAGCGGGACUACAGGGGGAUCGUGGAGUACGCCGCCUCGCUGGUGGACGCCCUGCUCUUCAUCCAGUACCUGGCGCUGGUGCUGCUGGAGGUCCGACACCUGCAGCCGGCCUUCUGCCUCAAGGUGGUCCGCAGCACGGACGGCGCCAGCAAGUUCUACAACGUGGGCCACCUCAGUAUCCAGCGGGCGGCCGUCUGGGUGUUGGACCGUUACUACAGCGACUUCCCUGUUUACAACCCUGCGCUGCUCAACCUACCCAAGUCCAUCCUGUCCAAGAAGAUGACCGGUUUCAAGGUUUACUCCCUGGAUGAAAACACCACCAACAACUCCACGGGUCAGUCCCGGGCCAUGAUCGCAGCCGCCGCCAGGAGGAGAGACAACUCCCACAACGAGUUUUACUACGAAGAGGCCGAGAUGGACCGAAGGACCCGCAAACGCAAGGCCAGGCUGGUGGUGGCGGUGGAAGAGGCCUUCACGCACAUCAAGCGGCUCCACGAGGACGAGGCCGCCUCGUCCCCCAAGCACCCGAGAGAGGUGAUGGACCCCCGGGAGGCGGCGCAGGCCAUCUUCGCCCCGAUGGCGCGCGCCAUGCAGAAGUACCUGAGGACCACCCGCCAGCAGGCGUACCACAGCAUGGAGAGCAUCCUCACACACCUGCAGUUCUGCAUCACGCACAACAUGACGCCCAAGGCUUUCCUGGAGCGUUACCUCAGCCCGGGCCCCACCGUGCAGUACCAGCAGCAGAGCGGCAGGGGGCGCCAGUGGACUCUGGUGAGCGAGGAGCCCGUGACCUCCGCCCUGCGCCAGGGUCUGGUGUUCUCCGUGCGGCGCCUGGACUACUCCCUGGUGGUCACGGUCACGCCGCUGCCCUUCCUGCGGCUCGGCGAGGAGUUCAUCGACCCCAAGAGCCACAAGUUCGUCAUGAGGCUGCAGUCGGAGACCUCGGUGUGAGGGGUCACGACCCGCACCCCCUGUCCGUAACUAAGACCGUCUGUUUUUAUGAUCAUCACAGAUGCACAGAAAUCAAAACUGUGAUCAGCUCAACGAUUGUUGUUCGAAACCUGGAAAUAAACGGAUGCCUUCGA